AUGGAUUGGGCUGUUGUGAAAGUAGCUGAUCCAGCAGAUUGCGUGAUUGCCAUUCAUGUUUGUAGGAAUUCUGAUUCCAUUUCGAGAGAGAAAGCUUUAUUGGAUGAUUAUCUGGAAGACUAUAGAGGGCUGUGUAACCAAAAGCAGGUUGCUCUCAGUGCUGAGGUCUUGAAAGGAAAUUCUAUCAGAAAAGCUCUGGUGAGAGAAGCAAAGAACCAUUCUGCAUCAGCUGUUAUAGUGGGGAUAACUAAGUUUAUUGCUCUCGGGGGUUGGUCUUCAAUUGCUAAAUAUUGUGCAAGGCGACUUCCUUCUACGACUGAAGUCAUGGCAGUUCACAAUGGAAAGGUUGUUUUCAGUAGAAAUUCCACAAACCAACCGGAAGGUCCUAGAAAAGAUUCAAAGCCGAGUUUAACUGUAAACCCCACUUUCAAAGAUAAUCUAUCUGAAUUUGGUGAAUCUGACAUAUCAGAGAUUGGAAGGCUCAGUUAUGAUGGGAUUCUGACCUCCAAGGAUGAAGUUUUUAGCGCUGUUGGAAGACACAAAAAAGGUUCUCUUAGUUCGAUUUCUCUUCCUGCAGAGGAUUUUACUCAGCAGAGGCCAGGUUGGCCCCUACUCCAAACAGCUAGUUCUAUAACUCAACCAAGCCUUGAAGCAAAAAAAAUGUCGGUGGUAAAAUGGGUAAUGAGCUUACCAAGUCGAUCUUUGCUAGAUAUUUCUGAAUCUAAGUCCACACUUGAUGAAAUGGGUGAUGUUUUGGGAAUAGAUAACCGAAAUUUUACAGCCACUGGUAAAGUAGACAAAAUGUAUAGUCUCAAAGGGCUGCCCCAAGAGUUGGAGCUGAUACUCAAAACGAAUCCACAUAGCUGCAAAUGGUUCAGCUAUGAUGUGCUCAGAAUGUCAGCUUCUCAUUUCUCUGCAGCCAAUCUUAUUGGACAAGGAGGGUGUAACUCUGUAUAUAAGGGGCUUCUUCCUGAUGGCAAACAAGUAGCAAUAAAGAUUUUGAGGUCAUCAAAGGAAGCAUGGAAGGAUUUUAUGCUGGAAGUUGAUAUAAUGACCACAUUGAAGCACAAAAGAAUAGCACCAUUGCUUGGGAUUUGUGUAGAGCGUACUAAUUUAAUCUCUGUUUAUGACUUUUUGUCUAAAGGAAAUUUAGAAGAGAAUUUGCACGGUAACAGAAAGGAAAAUGUUGUUUUGCAAUGGGAAGUAAGAUUCAAAAUAGCUGUUGGGAUUGCUGAAGCACUAAAUUACCUACACAAUGAAUGUCCAAGGCCUGUAAUUCAUAGAGACGUCAAGUCUUCGAACAUUCUUCUCACCGAUGAAUUAGAACCACAGUUAUGUGACUUUGGAUUGGCAAUAUGGGGCCCUACAUCAGCAUCUUUCCUAACUGACAGAGACGUAGUAGGGACCUUUGGCUAUCUUGCUCCCGAGUAUUUUAUGUAUGGGAAGGUCAGUGACAAGAUUGAUGUAUAUGCUUUCGGUGUAGUUCUACUAGAAUUGCUAUCAGGAAGAAAAUCAAUUGGUUUGGAGACACCGAAAGGUCAAGAAAGCUUAGUCAUGUGGGCAAAACCUAGACUAGAAAGUGGAGAUCUAAAAGGCAUAUUGGAUCCAAAUUUGGAAGAUGAAAUUGUUGAGGAUCAAAUGCAAAGAAUGGCUCUAGCAGCAAAUCUCUGCCUAAAACAAGCGGCCCGUCUGCGUCCAAAAAUGUCCCAGAUACUAGGUAUCUUAACUGGGGGAAAAUGUGUGAAUGAAGAACUAAAAUCCCAAUACGGAAAUCACAAUGAUCUCGAGAACCUGGAUGAUAAUGAUGAUGAAGUUUAUCCAGAUUCAAGUGCAGCAUCCCAUUUAAGCCUUGCAUUUCUUGACGUAAAUGACAAUUCUACAUCAUUCAGCAGUAUGGAGCAGAGCAGCCCUCUUUCUGUUGAAGAAUAUUUGAGAAAAAGGUGGAGCAGAUCAUCAAGUUUAGCGUAG